AUGACUGAGGUCCUCUCGCCUGCCCAGUCCGCUGCUCUCUUCGACAUCCUCACCCACUACGACACUUACGCCCAGAUUCGCGAGUUCAGAAGACCAGGCAGCCUUGCCCACUAUGGGCCGCCCUUCACAGCCAAUCCUAAACUGCCAUCCAGUUCUCCAGCCUUGCAGAUCCUAGUCUCGAGGUUUGUAUUGGACUUGCCAGGGCUUGCCAACCUCCCCGAGAAAUGGUGGAGGGUCCAAUGCCACGAGAUCAUCGAAAACCUCGAAAGGGCCAACCUCAGCGAGAGCUACGACAAAGGCGUGAUUGGCAGCCGCAAGACUCUCGCCACCGCAAUCUCUGCUCUGAUCGAGUAUCCUGUCCGCGGCGUUUACGGUGGCUUGCCUGAGAUCAAAAACCGCGAGCACAAUUACGACAUCACCAAUGCCGACGAUCUGAAUCGAGCCUUUCGUGAUUUCAUCAACGACGCCAUCUAUGGAGACGUCCUAGACGAAUUGGUCCAGAAAACGGCGGAAACAGGGAAUCUGGAGGAUCAUGGCCCGCUGGCCAAGGCGCUGCACGAAUUCGUGCUUGUCAACCUUGCCUCCUUGAUGCACUACACUCUCAUCUUGUCACCCAAAGGCCAAUAUCUCCUGAAGCUCAUCGACAACGCCAACAAACUAGUGCCUUACAUGGUGGUCAAGCAGACCCUGAAGAUUGGAAACGUGGCAACCAUGAUCAAUGGCUUGGUCAAGAUCGGCUUGGCUAAGAUGAGCGUUGCCAGCGUGACAAAUUGGAUGGGCUUGACGCAGAAUCAGGAUGAAGGCAUGAACCUCAUGCAGACCAUCAUCUCCACUGUCUUGAACUGGGACAUCAAAGACCUCGAAUCCCGCGCGUCCAAGAUCGAACGAGAACGAGCCAAACCUGGAAAAGAGCAGCUCCGCACACUCAAGGAGUACACGAAUAAGCCCCAAGACGAACAGGACAGGAUUCGAAGAGAAAGCCAAACGCAAUCCAUCUCAAUUGUCAUUGCCAUCUUGAGGGAUAGUAAAUGCUCGUCGACCGAACUCACUGACUUCCAUCACCAACAGGCCCUGGACUAUCUCGCCAUUCACCUCUCCAUCCGGGAUCGAAAACAACUGAUUCAGUGCCUCUGCAAAGCCACCCCGGACCACCUGACUGUGUCCGUUAGGGAGGUGAUCGACGCCUAUGAGCCGGUCAUACGACGGAUGCACAAGGCCAUUGACCUGCCAUCCACGCUGUCCGACUUUGAAUACUUUCUCAGAGACUUAAUAAAAUUGGCCAAAAUCCACACCGACAAGUCCGGACAAUCCAUUGUGCCUACAGUCGGGGACUUUGUGCAGUUGCUACGUAAGCACCAAAGGGCCGGACAUCUCUUCCUGCACCAGUGUUGUAAGAAUGACAAGGAGCUAACCGGCUGGUAUCUGGAAUGGGCAAAGCGAACGGCAUCGCAUUUCAAACAGGAGCCUGGGCCCGACUCUAGUCCCAAUGAGCCUGAUCUUGUCGAGAAAGGCGCAGGAAAGCUUACAAAACCACUCAAUGAAAUCUUCCGAUCACUGCCUGAAGAGACCCGAUCCCGCAUCACUCCGAUCCUUGACUCUCACUCAGCCUUCCUAGGCAAAAUGCAUGCCCAAUCUGCGUCGCGCUUAGCGAACGUCUUGAAGUCUCCGCCUUCGAAGAAUCCCGCCAUUGCAAAGAUCUUUGCCAACUCAUCCGCCAGCCGCCCGCCUUCCCGCGGUUCAAGUCCACCACCCCCAAGUGACCGCCGCAGCGCGUCAACGCCGACCUUGGCCGCGUCCAACAGAAGCAGCAGUGACGAGCCACCUGAAGUAUUGUCUUCUCCAGGUCCAGGAGCUUUCUUGGCGCGCUGGCAGGAUUUGCUUGACGCCUCGCCCAUCACUCCAUUGACACAAUCGGGCCCUUUGAAAGCCGCAAGCAGUCCUGAAGUGGUACAAGCGAGUGCUGCCGAUGUAGAUGGAAAUAAGAUGGUGCAGUUUGGGGCCCAGGAGGCAAGGGGCGAGAAAAUUCGCGUCGAAGACAGAGCUGGCCAACACAACAAGGAUAAAGAUCCAGCACGCCGUGACCGAGGAGCGCCGGAUCGACAGAAGGAGUUGAAGGUCGUCAUUGACGCAUUGGGCAGCCAAUUCCGCCAGCUAUUGGCCGAGCAAGGUUGUCACUGGUCCCAUGGUUGA